UGUGAAUGGUAUGGGAUAGAGAUAAUGGCCUGUGCUAGCAGACAUUUCUACCACCAUAUUCCUCUCAUCUUUCUUUCACAGAUUCUUUCAAUCUUAAAUGUCCAUGAAUCCGCUCUUGUUAGGUUCUUUAUCUUCAACUACACCAGCAACUUGUAAGGGUAGUGUCACCUUUAAUAAUACUAGUAGUAAUCUUAUUUUUGCUGUAAAUUCUGUUGAUAGAUCUCUACAGGUUGUUACAGGUGAUCUUUGGGGUCAAACCUUAAUACCCACAUGUUUGAUAACUGUCGUCCUGCUUGAUUUUAGGAAUUUAAGGACUUCUCUCUAGUAAACUAGAUUUCAUGUCAGAUUCUUUUGCCUGGGGGAAGGGGGAAGCUUAGCUAGUUUUUACUGAUUUGAUAUCUAAUUUUGGAAUCUUUGUUUUCUGGUCACUUCUGGACUCUGGUUGGUAGUUAACAGGAUAAAAGCAAAUUCUGUUUAGAAUUAGAAACCCAGAAUCUUGACGGAUUUUUUAAUUCUUUUUUGUGGUUAUUGCCAAAAUUUUCCUUACCUUCCUAAUCCUGGCUCUUCUAUUUUGCAUUUCUCAGUUAGUAGAGGCUAUAGUACUGGAUAAGAUAGCAUCUUUUUUCUUUUUAAUCUUUCCCUCACGGGUACAACUCCUUCCAAUCAAUCUGUCUUGUAGUUAAUUUGGAGUUUGCUGGGUUUUUCUUCUUAUCCCAAGGUUCUUGAUUUUUUGGCGAUGUUGGAUUUUACUAGACAGUUUCUAUAGAUUUGACAGUGGGUCUCUCUCUUCUAGCUGGAAUUAACAAGGAAGUUAGACCCACUUCAGUCUGGGGUACUGUUUUCUUAGUUAGCUUGUGAUUGGUCACUGUGUCUUGGAUGAGUCUUCUCCAUGUAUUUGGGUUUGGUUUGAAGGUGGGGCAUCUGCUUUGGAUGUUAUGUUGCUGGAUAGCAUCUAUGAUCUCUAUGAACUGGUUCAUUAAUGGUGAAUUUAAGGAUGCCAAGGCUGGUCUCCUUGGUGAUAGUGGUAGCAAGAUGUGGUUCAAAUGCUGGGAUAAAAUUUCUAGCUAUAGCUUCAAGAUCCACCAUCACUACUACCAGUAUAUUGGUUCAAAGAGACUUGGCAAAACUUGGUGGAGAAAGCUCUUGUUUUCAUGGGUAAUUGUUUGGACCAUAGCUUCUAUUUGGAUCUUCUGUUACAUGAGCUCUCAAGCUACGGAAAAGAGGAAGGAGACACUUGCUAGCAUGUGUGAUGAGAGAGCGAGGAUGUUGCAGGAUCAGUUUAAUGUAAGCAUGAACCAUAUCCAGGCUAUGUCCAUUUUGAUCUCAACCUUCCACCAUGGCAAGCACCCCUCUGCUAUUGAUCAGAGGACUUUUGCGAGGUACACGGAACGAACUGCUUUUGAGAGGCCCCUCACAAGUGGUGUGGCAUAUGCUGUAAGGGUGCUCCACUCUGAAAGGGAACAAUUUGAGAAGCAACAGGGUUGGACUAUUAAGAGGAUGGAUACCCUUGAAAAAAAUCCAGUUCAUAAAGAUGACUAUAAUCCUGACCUCUUGGAACCAUCACCAAUUCAGGAAGAAUAUGCUCCUGUUAUCUUUGCACAGGAUAUCAUUGCACAUGUGGUUUCUAUUGAUAUGCUGUCAGGAAAGGAAGAUCGUGAGAAUGUAUUGCGUGCAAGAAAAUCAGGAAAAGGGGUGCUAACAGCUCCUUUUAGGUUACUCAAAACAAAUCGUCUUGGAGUUAUUUUGACAUUUGCAGUUUACAAGGGGGAUCUUCCCUCUAAUGCAACUCCUAAUGAGAGGAUUCAAGCAACUGAUGGGUAUCUUGGUGGAGUGUUUGAUAUUGAGUCACUUGUGGAAAAAUUGCUACAACAGCUUGCAAGUAAACAAACAAUCCUUGUGAAUGUGUUGGAUACAACUAAUCAGUCUCACCCUAUUAGUAUGUAUGGCUCAAAUGCAUCCGAUGAUGGGUUGGAACAUGUCAGCCACCUUAAUUUUGGAGAUCCUUUCAGAAAGCAUGAGAUGCGGUGCAGGUUUAAGCAAAAGCCACCAUGGCCAUGGUUAGCUAUAACCACUUCAAUUGGCAUCCUUGUCAUUGCAUUACUUGUUGGGCAUAUAUUCCAUGCAACUGUUAAUCGAAUUGCUAAGGUGGAAGAUGAUUUCCAUGAGAUGAUGGAGCUCAAAAAAAAGGCUGAGGCAGCUGAUGUUGCCAAAUCUCAGUUCCUUGCUACUGUUUCCCAUGAGAUCAGAACCCCAAUGAAUGGUGUUCUGGGAAUGUUGCAUAUGCUUAUGGACACAGAUUUAGAUGUUACACAGCUAGAUUAUGUCAGAACUGCACAAGCUAGUGGAAAGGCUCUGGUUGCACUUAUAAAUGAGGUCUUGGAUCAGGCUAAGAUUGAGUCUGGGAAGCUAGAGCUCGAGGAAGUGCAGUUUGAUCUACGAGCAGUCUUAGAUGAUGUGUUGUCACUCUUUUCUGGGAAGUCGCAGGACAAAGGAGUUGAGUUGGCAGUUUACAUCUCUGAUCGAGUUCCUGAGAUGCUAAUUGGUGAUCCCGGGAGAUUCAGACAAAUAAUCACCAAUCUCAUGGGAAACUCCAUUAAAUUCACAGAGAAAGGGCACAUCCUUGUUACUGUUCAUCUUGUGGAGGAGGUGAUUGAUUCAAUAGAAGUUGAGACAGAAUCUUCAUCAAAGAACACGUUGAGUGGUUUUCCUGUAGCAGAUAGAUGCGUCAGCUGGAAAGGAUUUAGAACUUUCAGUCAAGAAGGAUCAAUGCAACCUUUCUCUGACAGCAUUAAUCUUAUCGUAUCGGUUGAAGAUACAGGAGAAGGAAUCCCUCUAGAAGCCCAGUCUCGUGUUUUCACCCGUUUUAUGCAAGUGGGUCCUUCUAUUUCCCGAACACAUGGAGGCACGGGAAUUGGACUAAGCAUAAGCAAGUGUUUGGUUGGUCUAAUGAAAGGAGAAAUUGGAUUUGUGAGCAUCCCUAAGAUUGGGUCCACCUUUACAUUUACUGCUGUUUUCACCGGUGGCUGCUCUAGUUCAAACGAGUACAAGAGCCAGCAAAUCAACAAACAGUCUAACUCUGUUUCCUCAGAGUUUCAUGGAAUGAGAGCAUUACUUGUGGAUACUAGACCUGUUCGGGCGAAGGUGUCAAGAUAUCAUAUCCAACGGCUGGGAAUUCAUGUUGAAGUAGCUUCUGAUUGGAAUCAAGGUUUAUCUAGCAUAAGCAGGGGGAAUAAUGCUAUCCACAUGGUUCUCAUUGAACAGGAAGUUUGGGAUAGGGAUCUGAACAGUUCAGCUCUCUUCAUCAGUAGCUUAGAGAAAAUAGAUCAUGGUACUCCUCCGAAGGCAUUCCUUUUGUCUAAUUCUAUCAGCUCUUCCAGAGCAAAUACUACUACUUCUGGUGUUUGUAACUUGACCGUCAUCCCAAAGCCCUUGAGGGCUAGCAUGUUAGCGGCAUCUUUACAACGAGCCAUGGGAGUUGGGAACAAAGGGAAUCCCCGCAAUGGGGAGUUACCUAGCUUGUCUCUUCGGAAUCUUCUUCUUGGGAGAAAAAUUCUAAUUGUAGAUGACAACAAUGUGAAUCUAAAAGUAGCUGCUGGUGCAUUGAAAAAGUAUGGAGCUGAUGUGAUUAGUGCUGCGAGAGGAAUAGAGGCUAUUGAACUGCUUACACCACCUCACCAGUUUGAUGCCUGUUUCAUGGAUAUCCAAAUGCCAGAAAUGGAUGGGUUUGAAGCUACAAAGAAAAUUCGGGAUAUGGAACAGAACAUCAAUAAUCGUAUUCAAUUUGGAGAAUUAUCAGUUAAAACUUAUAACAAUGUUUUCAAUUGGCAUGUACCCAUUUUGGCUAUGACUGCAGAUGUGAUACAGGCUACGCACGAGGAAUGCCUACGGUGUGGAAUGGAUGGAUAUGUGUCAAAACCAUUUGAAGCGGAGCAAUUAUACCGGGAAGUUUCACGAUUUUUCCAAUAGGCAUCAGAUCAGAAUCUGUUGGAAGGACUUCCGCUCGUAACAUGCCAAUGGCAUAAAUAGGACUGCCUGUACUCUGGCAUGCUUUUGGAUACUUAAAAAAUUUCUGGUUCUUCCCUAGAGGAAACAAUUGUCUUGUGGCAGAGUGUACAUAGAAUCAUGCUUGUAUAUUGGGAUUGAAUUUUCUUGUAUCUUAGGAUAAAGAUAGCAAAGCCAGUUGAUUUUUCUUUUGCUUGUAAAGUAGAUCACAAUUCCAAGCCUCUGAGCAGGGUUGGUGAAGUGAGAUUUUUUGUGCAGUUAAAAGCUCUUCAAUAUGACUUAGGGUUAAAAAAGGAAAAAUACCUCUUGCAAAUGGAUGGAAGAAAUCUUAUUCCUCUGAGUGUAUUAUAGAAAUUGCAUCAUCCUUGUGUAGUAAUAAAAACUGCGGCCAUUUUCAAGGCAUCUUGCUGGUUCUCUGGGCAUGAUUUAUUGUCGCAUAGUGACCAAUUCAGUUGAAAGAACUGAAGAUUGCUUGCUUCUCAGCAACAAGAGGGGAGAUUGCCACCUUGUACAUUUUCACUUUAAUAAAAAUGAAGAUGGAUUGGUACUUGUAUUA